AUGACAAAUCCUGCAUAUUUAAUACUCCUACUGCUCAUUAUACGCCUCUUUGCCUUUUAUCAACUUUCUGCUUCCCAUUUCCAUGCUACAAACACCUAUUCAGUAGUGCCCGCUAAAAAUUUGCAAAUAGCAAAUGAAGUGGCUUCUCUGUUGACCUGGAAGUUCAGUCUUGACCUCAAAGCCCAAAAACUAUUGUCAUCUUGGAUUGCUGGUGUCAGUCACUGCAAUUGGUCUGGGAUUCACUGCAAUAUUGAUGAAAGUAUUAGAGGCUUGAACCUUGCUGGAUAUGGCUUACAAGGUACACUAAGCAGUCUAAAUUUAUCAUCCUUCACCACUUUAGAAAUUAUUGACUUUUCUGGCAACUAUUUCUAUGGAAACAUUUCUUUUAUCAAAGCAAUGUCCAAUUUGCAAAAAUUAAAAGUCUUGUACCUUUAUGAUAACCAAUUUUCGGCAAGCAUUCCUCAAGAAAUCGGGAUGUUAAAAUCGCUUGUAAAGCUGGAUCUUUCAUCAAAUGCUCUCACGGGCCAAAUUCCUCCAGAAAUAGGCAAUUUGUCAAUGUUGACAAAUUUAUCUCUAUCAAACAAUCAUCUUUAUGGAUUCAUCCCCAGAGAGCAGUCCAAUCCUUGCUUCAAUUGGAAACUUGUCCAAGUUGGUAAAUUUAUCUCUAAUUGA